AUGUCUGUAAUGGGAGGCGGAAAGAGAGGUUUUUAUUUCAACACAGUCCUGUCGCUAGCCCGCUCUCUAGCCGCACACCGUCCAGCGCCAGUCGAAAAGGUUCAGAAGUUACAAUGCAUGUGUCCAGUAGAGAUACGGGGUGUGUUCACUCUGGAUGUGCGUAGGAGAGAUGCUGUAAUAGCUCUUGCUGUGUUCCUGGUGGAAUCUGAUUUACAGCACAAAGACAUAGUUGUUCCAUACUUGCUGAGCCUGUUGAGAGGGUUGCCUCGGGUCCAGUGGAUUGAGGAGAGCUUAGGGAAGACUGGGAAGGAGCUUCUCCCUGUUGCAGAAAACUUCAGCUACUGUUUAGUGACCCUGUUAGCAGAUGUGGCUCAGAGGGACCAGGACUCCAGACAGCAGAUUCUGGACACGGUUAUGGAGGUCAUGCAGGGGCUGCAAGAAAUGUGCCAGACACCUGACAACCAUGAUAAAAUCUACCUUUGCAGAUAUGUCGUCCCCUGUCUGCUGGGCAUGACGCGGGCGUUCGGUCGCUACAGCAACAACACUGAGGCUCUGCUGUCGAAGUUGUUCCCGAGAGAUUCGCCCCAAGCGCGCUGUGUGACUGAGGAGACGGAGGGCAUACGGAGAAGGUCCUUCAAUGACUUCCGUUCCAUCCUGCCCUCCUCGCUGCUGACCGUGUGCCAGAGUGACACUCUACGGAGGCAAACGGGAGCCAACUUGGAUGCUUCCGCACAGGUUGGUCUAGACCCUGGAGGUCAUUCGCCCUGCUCUCCUACGGCCCCUGGCCCUCACUACUUUGAAGGUGCCUAUGUUCCUGAUAGCAGCACAGUAGACCCCGACUACUACUUCUCCACAGUCAGCUCCAGUUUCUCCAUGUCUCCUCUCUGCAUGGCUGGAGGGGAAGGGGAGAUGGAGGUGUCAGCGGAGCUGCUGAGACACCUGCUCAGCCUGGUGAAAAAGUUUGUUUUGGAGACCUUCUUAAAAACACUGGACACGACUUUGUCGGAAGUGAUAGAGUGUCAUCCUGGGAUCAACCUGUACUACAAAACCUUCAGCGACCCCCUCUAUGUCUGUGUGUUCAAACUGCUAAGGGACACACUUUACCACAUGAAAGCAUUACAGUCGGCAUUUGUGCGGGAGGUGCAUGACUUCGUUUUGGAGCAGUUUAGCAGCAGUCAAUCGGAGUUGCAGCGAGUUCUCCAUGAUGCUGGGGGGUUGCCGGGGGAACCCAACCCCCUCAAGCUCCGUUGCCAAGCCAACGCUGCUUGCGUGGACCUCAUGGUUUGGGCCGUCAAAGAUGAGCAGGGGGCUGAGAAUUUGUGUACCAAACUCUCGGAAAAGCUGCAGUCUAAAACCUCGAGUAAAGUCAUCAUUGCUCACAUGCCCUUGCUCAUCUGCUGCCUACAGGGUCUUGGGCGCCUCUGUGAAAGGUUCCCGGUGGUGGCCCAUUCAGCCACUUCCUCUCUCAGAGAUUUCCUGGUGGUCCCCUCCCCUGUCCUUGUAAAGCUCUACAAGUACCACAGCCAGUACAGCACAGGUACAGGAGAGAUCAGGAUCAAUGUUACAAAUGAGCAUUCCCAGUCCACCUUCAACAUGCUGUCCAACAGGAAGGACCAAGCCUCCAUGUACGAGCAACUCCGGGAUAUUUCCAUCGACAACAUCUGCAGAUGUCUAAAGGCAGGUCUAACUAUGGACCCUGUGAUAGUAGAAGCCUUUCUGGCCAGCCUGUCCAAUCGUCUUUACAUCUCCCAGGAGAAUGACAAGGAUGCUCACUUAAUCCCAGAUCAUACCAUCAGAGCACUGGGCCACAUUGCUGUGGCUCUGAGAGACACACCUAAAGUCAUGGAGCCUAUCCUGCAGAUCCUCCAGCAGAAGUUCUGCCAGCCUCCCUCUCAGCUGGAUGUACUCAUCAUAGACCAGCUAGGCUGUAUGGUCAUCACAGGAAACCAAUACAUCUACCAGGAGGUGUGGAACCUUUUCCAGCAGAUUAGUGUGAAGGCUAGCUCUGUGGUCUACUCGGCUACCAAAGACUACAGAGACCAUGGCUACAGGCACUGCUCCCUGGCUGUGAUAAACGCUUUGGCCAACAUUGCAGCCAACCUACAGGGGGAGCAGCUGGUGGAUGAGUUGAUGGUCAAUCUGCUGGAGCUGUUUGUCCAACUGGGCUUGGAGGGCAAGAGAGCCAGCGAAAGGGCCUCAGACAAGGGGCCUGCUCUUAAGGCAUCAAGUAGUGCUGGCAACCUUGGGGUCCUCAUUCCUGUCAUUGCUGUGUUAACAAGAAGGCUUCCACCAAUCAAAGAAGCCAAGCCUCGCCUUCAGAAGUUGUUUCGGGACUUUUGGCUGUAUUCUGUGGUCAUGGGCUUUGCUGUAGAGGGAUCAGGACUUUGGCCAGAGGAAUGGUACGAGGGCGUGUGUGAAAUUGCCACAAAGUCUCCUCUUCUCACCUUCCCCAGUGGAGAACCUCUUCGCUCAGAGCUGCAAUACAACUCAGCUCUGAAAAACGACACGGUGACGCCGGCGGAGCUGAGUGAGCUGCGCUCCACCAUCAUCAAUCUCCUUGACCCAUCCCCCGAAGGCUCGGCCCUGAUCAACAAGCUGGACUUCGCCAUGUCCACAUACCUGCUCUCAGUCUACAGAUUAGAAUACAUGAGGAUGCUACAUUCCAAUGGCUCUGACAGGUUCCAGGUGAUGUUUCGAUACUUUGAGGACAAAGCCAUCCAGAAAGACAAAUCUGGAAUGAUGCAGUGUGUUAUUUGUGUUGGGGACAAGGUGUUCGACGUCUUCCUUCAAAUGAUGGCUGAGAAGCCCAAGACUAAAGAGCAUGAGGAGGAACUGGAGCGACACGCCCAGUUUUUAUUGGUCAACUUUAACCACACCCACAAGAGAAUCCGCCGAGUGGCAGACAAGUACCUCUCUGGUUUGGCUGAAACUUUCCCCCACCUGCUGUGGAGCGGCCGGGUGUUGAAGACCAUGCUGGACAUCCUCCAGACGCUCUCUCUGUCUCUAAGUGCUGACAUCCACAAGGACCAGCCUUACUACGACAUCCCUGACACCCCACACAGAAUCACUGUCCCUGACACGUACGAGGCCAGAGAGAGCAUCGUAAAAGACUUUGCUGCCCGCUGCGGGGAGAUCCUGAAGGAAGCAAUGAAAUGGGCCCCCUCCGUCACCAAAUCUCACCUACAGGAAUACUUGAACAAGCAUCAGAACUGGGUGUCGGGGCUGUCCCAGCACACAGGCCUGGCCAUGGCCACGGAGAGCAUACUGCACUUCGCCGGCUACAACAGACAGAGUACUACGCUAGGCACCACCCAGCUGACUGAGAGACCGGCGUGUGUGAAGAAAGACUACUCCAACUUCAUGGCCUCCCUCAACUUACGCAACCGCUACACUGGAGAGGUGGCUGGAAUGAUCCACUUCUCAGAGGCGAUGCACAGCAAAUCAGACCUGAACAAGCUGAUGGUCCAACAGAUGUCUAGUGCUCUGGACAGGAAAGAUCCAGAGGCAUUCACACAGGCCAUGUUCAAGAUGGCUGCCUUACUUAUCACCACCCAAGAUUGUGAUCCUCAACUCCUGCACCAUCUGUGCUGGUCACCUCUGAAGAUGUUUACAGAACAUGGUAUGGAGACUGCCAUCGCCUGCUGGGAGUGGCUCCUGGCUGCACACAAUGGAGUGGAGGUGCCGUUCAUGCGUGAGAUGGCAGGGGCUUGGCAGAUGACAGUCGAGCUGAAGAUGGGUUUGUUCUCGGAGGCCAAGGUGGAGGCAGACCCUCUGGCUGCCUCAGAGGAGAGCCAGCCCACUCCCUGUCCCCCUGAUGUCACCCCUCACUUCCUCUGGACAGAGUUCCUGGUGCAGAGGUUUGAGAUAGCCAAGUACAGCAGUGCUGACCAGGUGGAGAUAUUCACAGCCAUUCUUCAGAGGUCACUGUCACUCAGCGUGGGAGGAGCCAAGAGCAGCCUGAACAGACACGUUGGUGCCAUAGGACCAAGAUACAGGCUGCUGACCCUGGGUCUGACUCUUCUCCAUGCCGAUGUUGUGACGAACGCCACCAUCAGAAAUGUGCUGCGAGAGAAAAUCUACUCCACAGCCUUUGACUACUUCAGCGUUGCACCAAAGUUUCCAACGCAGACGGAGAAGAGGCUGAGAGAAGACAUCAGCAUAAUGAUCAAGUUCUACGCCAGCCUGCUGUCUGACAAGAAGUAUCUGGCCGCCAACCAGCUGGUACCACCAGAUCCCCAGGACAUGUCUGUGAACAGCCUGUCCGUAGUUACAGUAACAGACAGCCGCAGCAGUCUGGACGCAGCAGUGGGCCAAAGGCAGCAGGCAGCUCAGGGGUGGAUCAACACCUACCCUUUAUCCUCUGGGAUGUCCACUAUAUCCAAGAAAUCAGGGCUGUCAAAGAAAAGCAACAGAGGCUCCCAACUGCACAAGUACUACAUGAAACGCAGGACUCUGCUGCUUGCCCUCCUGGCCAGUGAGAUUGAGCGGCUGACCACCUGGUACAACCCCUUGUCCACCCAGGAGCUGGCCAUCUCUACUGAGCAGUCAGUGGAGACCAGUAUCGCCAACUGGAGGUCCAAAUACAUCAGCCUGACUGAGAAGCAGUGGAAGGACAAUGUCAACCUGGCCUGGAGCAUAGCGCCUUAUCUCGCCUUGCAGCUUCCUGCCAGGUUUAAAAACACAGAGGCCAUUGUGUCAGAAGUGACUCGUCUGGUUCGUAUGGACCCAGCUGCUGUGUGUGAUGUUCCUGAGGCAGUCAAGUUCUUAGUGACAUGGCACACCAUUGAUGCGGACUCUCCAGAACUUAGUCAUAUCCUGUGUUGGGCCCCAGCUGAUCCUCCGACUGGACUCUCCUACUUCUCUUCCAUGUACCCUCCUCAUCCUCUCACUGCCCAGUACGGGGUCAAAGUGCUGCGCUCCUUUCCACCAGACGCCAUUUUGUUCUACAUCCCGCAGAUUGUCCAGGCCCUCCGUUAUGACAAGAUGGGCUAUGUGAGAGAGUACAUCCUGUGGGCAGCUCAGAAGUCUCAGUUGCUGGCCCAUCAGUUCAUCUGGAACAUGAAGACCAACAUUUACCUGGAUGAGGAGGGACACCAGAAAGACCCGGACAUAGGCGAGCUGUUGGAGCAGAUGGUAGAGGAGAUCACCGGCUCCCUGUCCGGCCCGGCCAAGGACUUCUACCAGAGAGAGUUUGACUUCUUCAACAAGAUCACCAACGUAUCUGCAAUCAUCAAGCCUUUUCCCAAAGGGGACGAGAGGAAGAGGGCCUGCCUGAAAGCCAUGUCAGAGAUCAAGGUCCAGCCUGGCUGUUAUCUGCCCAGUAACCCAGAGGCCAUUGUCCUGGAUAUAGACUACAAGUCUGGGACCCCCAUGCAGAGUGCCGCUAAAGCUCCUUACCUGGCCAAAUUCAAAGUUCGGUGGUGUGGAGUCAGCGAGCUGGAAAAGGAAGGCCUGCAGUGUCGCUCAGAUUCUCUGGAUGAGGCCAAAAGUGAAGAAGAGGCCAAGAGGAUCUGCUGGCAGGCAGCCAUCUUUAAAGUUGGAGAUGACUGCAGACAGGACAUGCUGGCUCUUCAGAUCAUUGGCCUAUUUAAGAACAUCUUCCAGCUGGUGGGCCUGGACCUCUACGUGUUCCCCUACAGAGUGGUGGCCACCGCCCCUGGAUGCGGUGUGAUUGAGUGCAUCCCAGACUGCAAGUCCCGUGACCAGCUGGGGCGACAAACAGACUUUGGCAUGUAUGACUACUUCCGCAACCAGUAUGGAGAUGAGUCCACACUGGCAUUUCAGAAGGCACGAUACAACUUCAUCCGCAGUAUGGCCGCCUACAGCCUGCUGCUGUUUCUGCUGCAGAUCAAGGACAGACACAACGGCAACAUCAUGCUGGACAGCCAAGGGCACCUUAUCCAUAUCGAUUUUGGGUUCAUGUUUGAAAGUUCCCCUGGUGGAAACCUCGGCUGGGAGCCAGACGUCAAGCUGACAGAUGAGAUGGUGAUGAUCAUGGGUGGCAAGAUGGAAGCCACGCCGUUCAAAUGGUUCAUGGAGAUGUGUGUCAGAGGAUACCUCGCUGUCAGGCCCUACAUGGAUGCAGUGGUCUCAUUGGUCACCCUGAUGUUGGAUACUGGUCUUCCCUGCUUCAGAGGACAGACUAUAAAACUACUCAAGCAGCGGUUCAACCCAAGUGUGAGUGAGAAGGAGGCAGCUGCCUUCAUCAUCAAAGUCAUCCAGAACUGCUUCCUCAGCAGCAGGAGUAAAACCUACGACAUGAUCCAGUACUACCAAAACCAGAUCCCAUACUAACAUCUGUGCCUCAGUAUAUUUGUCUGGUGUUUUCACAGUUGGUCCCUUUCAAGGAGCUACUGCUCACUGCCCCGGAUCCCGAGAGGAAACCUCAUCUGUUUGAUGUAGGUGGUUGAAGGUGGCAGUGCUCCUGAACUGGCCACCGGUGGCAUCCCC